GCCAUAGCAACCCCCGGGAUCACUAACAAGGAAGCAGCUAGGAGAGAGAGCACAUUACAUUGCUGGUAUCCUGCUUGAAACUAGCCAGGAUUGGUUUGCUGAUCAGUAUCUAAAAAUUACUAAUGGGAGAAAGAACAACACAACCCUUAGAGGAAUUAGACCUAAAUCUAAGUUUAGAUAGCUUAGAUGAAUCUGACACUGAAAGCUUAACCCAGGAGAUACAAUAUCAGUCACAACUGCAAGACAGGAUUUUUAACAUCGAAGAACUUGUAAAGGAUGUACAGCCUGACAAACGCCAAAAUUAUGGCAAACAAAAGGAUUUUAAUUCUGACAGAGCAAGAAAAGAUGCUAUUGUUGAUGAAAAUGAUAAAAUUGCAAAUACGCCUAACCACAAAAAUGGAGGGACUGGACACAAGGAAAUAAGUUUUCAGAAAGAAGAUAGCAGUUAUUGUGAUCUUAGAUAUGAUCCCAACUGGAAAAAACACCAAAGCCAUAAACAUAGCAUGGCAGCUUAUACGGACCAAGAGGAGUUCUCUGAUGUCUCUUCUAGUUUCUCAGAUGACCUGUCAGUACAUAAUAGAUUGAUGCAUCAGAAAAAAGCAGAUGAUGAAACCGUUCUUGUUAUAAGUGGUAAAACUGAAAACAAACUGCCAUGCAGGAUGGCAAAUAAACACAGAAACAAUGUACCUAAUGAUUUAAGCAACAGGAAAAGUGAAUCUUGUGAGGAACUGAGAGUUACCAAAGUCAAUAAACACAGGUUCAAGUCUGCAGAAUCAAAUACUGUUAAGUCAAAUAAAGAUUUCAUAGAAACAAAUAAGCUCACGCUUGGGACACAUACCACCCAUACCAAACAAUCAUAUCUCAAUAUGUACACAAAGAAAAAAGAGGACGCACCAGAUAUGGUUAAAGAAAAUAAAGAAAUCAAUUCUGUAAAGAAUAUAACAGAGCCUAGAAGUCGAGUUGCAAAUUUGGUGAAACCAUCUAGAAAACCAAAACAUACACGUCAAGAACAUCAUUUAUCGGCACACAAAUUUAAGCAAACUGUUUUAGCAAAUGAAAUGCCUAAGGAUACAUAUAUUCCAAGUCACAUUAUCAAAGACAGACAAUUCAUUAACAUAACAUCUUCAACAAGCAUGCCAGAUUUAUUACUGAACAUGGAUUUAUCAAAGCAAAAAUACACUACAACAAAACAGGUUACUCCCAAGGAGUCCCCUUCUGGAUUCUUCCCAGCUGCAAAAGACAAUUAUUAUGACAAACAUUUUCUUUCUUCUGGUCAAGUAUUGAAUGGUUAUAUUGCUACUGAUAACCUUCAUCUCAACCAAUGGCAAGACACAAAAUGUGAUGAUAUCUUAUUGAAUCAAAAUCAUAUUGAAAUGGGAUAUGCACCAUUUAAUGGAGUUAAAGUCUAUGAGUAUUUGACUACAAUAUCGCAAAUGGAAAAUGAUAAUUUCAUAAACGAAGAAGACAGAAAUCAGAAUACCCAUUCCAAUCCAGAAUCCGAUGGAUGUCAAACAGUGUUGAAAAAGAAUCAUGAAACCCAAAGAAAGAUUCCUAAAGGAUAUGUAAACCAGGAGAUAAAGCUGGGAGGCAUUGGCCCUAGUUAUAUAAUUAGCAAACAGAAAAAAGAACAACUACACAGUCAGAAGGAAUAUGCAAAAGCUAUACAAGAAUGCAACAGAAAUAAAACUGCUACUGUUCGAAAAGCUCCUGAACUGCAGACAGAGCAAAAUGACAGAAAUAAGGGAGCAUGGCACAAAGGUCUGGAAUAUGCAAAGAAUAUCCCAAAGCCCCAACCUUUCCCGAAGCCUACUGAGCAGAAGAAAGAAGAAAGAUCCACACAGCCAGUAGUUCAUGAUCAAUUCUCCUCCCAAAUAAAGUUGCUGGAAGCGCUUCAAAUGAGGCAUGAACAAGAAAAGGUUGCAGUUGCAGCUUUGAGUGCUCUUCAUAUCCUUUAGUUGAUAAUUAGUUAGAAAAUAGCCUAUGAAAUGUUAUGGCUUUUGUUCCAAUAUAACUAAAUUGGACACCAAUGAAACCAAACGAUACAAAUCAACACAAAGAUUUCAUGGGAAGGAUGCACUUAGUGGAGAGAAAAUACCCCUUCCAAGUCCUUUAACGUUAUUCUUUUGAGCUUCUUUCUUUAUGAGUAACUCUAAAGAGCAUCCUUUCUCUCUGAAUGUUUUUUUUAUAUUGCAAAAGUAAAUGCAUGCAGAGUUUGCACUCAAUAACAAGUCUCCAUCAUGUUAGCACACCAUUCUAUGCUGUAGAAUAAAGCACCAUUAGAUUUAGCCAAAAGAGAUUUACAAUGUUUUAUUGAGUUAUUAUUCUCUGAAAUUAAGGCUGUCUAAGACUGCAGAAGCUGCAGGUCAGGAAAAGACAUACAGUAGAUAUAGCUACAUUUCAAACCUUAACGGCUCCAUGAUGGCAUUGCAUUUGCUAUAAUGUGUUUAUUACAGAAAUCUGAAUGUUUUCAUUCUUGGAUUAUCCAGUGCAAAAAAAAAUAUUUACACUUAGCUUUUAGCCUUUUAUUCCGGUACCAAACCAUGGUUUACUUCUGAACGCACUUACCAGCCGCUUGUAUACAAUUCAAAGAGUCAGAAAAGCAUUAAUCAAUAGAUGCAUGCAUGAAACUUUACCUAAUCGGUAGGGUGUUAGAGUUCAAUACUCUUUGCUGAACUCUAACAUCUAUAGGAGAGUAUUGAAUAUGAUACAUAAAUGUGAACCAAUAUUUUAUGUAUUUUGCCAUUAUUUUUAUUAUAAACAAUCCUUUUGUGAUGCUGGACAGUUAUCAGAACAUUUAGUAAAAGAGCACAAUCUUAUAACACAAAUAGACUUGUUUAUUUUCACGGCAUUCAUUUCUGGCAGAGACAUUAACUGUGAGUGUAUCAAUGUCAUCAAAAUACCUGCUUUGCCGAUUACCUAUGAACUGCUGGCUAAGAGAGGGAAAACUCAGAAGACUUUUUAGUUAUUCCUUAAAUGCAGCUUCCAUGAAAUUCUUUAAACUCCAGGCCACAUGCAAGAUUGUUUGAAAUGAUGUGAGACCAGAAUUUCUUCAGCUCCCCUAUAGAGCAAUAGAGCCUUUCAAAACAAAUGUAAGGGUGCACUGAAUCCCUUAAAGGGGAAGGAAACCUAG